CAUGGACAAUAACGUGAAUUUGCGCGGCGUCUCACUGUAUUUUUAGCAGAGUGGCUAACUAGCUAACUACGUAGCUAGCUAAUUUCCGAUGUAGCUAGAAUACUUUCUAGGUUGUUUUAUGAACUUUGCUAAUGUAUAGCAUGGCUAUGUCUCUCUGCCAGAACUGGCUAAUGUUAGGGUAGCAAAAAGAGUAGCUUUGCGCUGUACACCUUCCAAAAAUAGUUUGGUUGUUCGGGAUGUUUUUAUCUUUAACAUGGAGACAAAACGAGGGGAUAUUCCCAACGGCGUAUUGGACGACCUUUGCAGCCGCUUCAUCCUUCACAUCCCCAGUGAAGAGAGAGACAAUGCCAUUAGAGUUUGCUUCCAAAUUGAGCUUGCCCAUUGGUUUUACCUGGAUUUCUGCAUGCAGAAUGCACCAGGACUACCUCAGUGUGGGAUAAGAGACUUCGCCAAGGCUGUUUUUAAUCAUUGUCCCUUUCUGCUGCCGCAUGGGGAGGACGUACAAAAGGUUUUAGAUCAAUGGAAGGAAUACAAGAUGGGUGUUCCUACAUAUGGUGCAAUUAUCCUAGAUGAGACAUUGGACAAUGCAUUGCUAGUUCAGGGCUACCUGGCAAAGUCAGGAUGGGGUUUUCCAAAGGGAAAAGUAAAUGAGGAUGAGGCCCCCCAUGAUUGUGCAGUGCGUGAGGUGAUGGAAGAGACGGGUUUUGAUAUCCGAGAUCGUAUCUGCAAAGAUACGUACAUUGAGCAGAAAAUCACAGACCAGUUGGCUCGACUGUACAUAAUACCUGGAGUCCCAAAUGAUACCAAAUUCAAUCCCAAAACAAGAAAGGAGAUUAGGAACAUAGAAUGGUUUGCUGUUGAACAACUUCCAUGUCACAGGAAUGACAUGACUCCUAAAUCCAAACUUGGACUAGCUCCCAACAAAUUUUUCAUGGCCAUUCCAUUCGUUAGACCUCUCAGAGAAUGGAUUGCCAAGCACAAAGGGGAGUCUACAGACAGUGAUGAGGAUUUUGCUUCCAAUGGCAGCACUCCAUGUAAACCACAUACCCGGUCUAAAUCCAGACGCACCCCAUUGUUGACUGAAGCAUCCCCAGGAGAUGUCUGGUCCAAGCAAAAGCAACAAAAGUCGUCCGGGCAACCAGCACAGGAAAUCAAGCAGAACCACAGUGCAAAAGGCAAUGGGAAAAAGAACCAGGGCUCUCCCAACAUGAAGAAAAGAUCAAACGGGGUCAGCACACAACAGAAAGAUGAAAGGAGACUUCAGCCUAGAAGACUACAAGACAACUUCGACACAGAUGCGAUCUACAACUCGUACGGCCUCAACGGCCAGGUCCCAGGCCAGCCGGGCGCCAUCAAUGGAGACUCUGAGCACAUCCUAUCCUCACGGUCCUUCCUCACCUUCAAGUUUGACAGGGAGGCCAUCAUGAAGUGCUUUGACUCGUGAGGCUCCCGCCCCAACGCACACCCACUCACAGUAUUACCCCCCCCACAAUGAGACUUUACUCGUCGCUGGGCAGCACAUAGCUAUUCUCUCUCCAGUCAAAACAAAGGAAACCCGUUUGCAGAGGUCAGAGUAGGGGAUGGGGACAGUGAAGGGCCUGAGAGGUCUGAAUCGGACCAACUUCUUGAAUAAAGUGGCAGAAGUGUUCAUGUGUAGAUAUAUAUUUUUCCACCCCUGAAAAAGGCAAGAAUUAUGGUUGGGCAAUUGGCUCUGGAGCCAUUUGUUGCUGCACUGUUGGUACCAGCUUCCAGACUUGGCGUCUAGGACCGAGUGACGUGUGCAUGUGACUGCAACUGCAUCAUGUCUUGCACACGGGGAAGCCACUUAGGGAGAGCCCACCCGGCAUGUUGAGUGCACCAGUUGUUGACUGGACGGGCAUGUGAGUGUGUUUGUUAAUGGGUCUGUUAUAAUGUUAUGUACCCAUAGCCAGCCGCGCCUCCUGCUUCCUCUGUGUGUCAGAUAUACUAGACAUCUGCAGGUACUGUACUGCGAAUAUUUUGCACCAACGCGCUAAGUACCAUCAAUAGUUGGGGGGCGGGAAUUGUUGCUGAAUCAUCUCUGUGAAGGUCUUGCAGAAAAGAAGGGCGAAAAAGGAACUCUUGCACUUUUUCUAAUGCUGUCGAGGAAUUGGUCCUCUGGUGAUGAAUGUUACUUUAACAAAAGAAGAAGUUUGUUCGAAAAUGAUGAGGGUUUCUUCAGGGAACUGUUCUCCUCUUCUGCCUCACCCUAAACAUACACUUCCACCCAUCUACUCAAUAAAUGCAUUAGAAAGUCACUGUUUUAAUGACCACAUGGUUUAAGCAGUCAUUUUUCAGCUUUUUCUGAGCCAUCGGUGACUAGUACUGAAACCUGAUUGUGGAUCUGCGAUGGCUUUUCCUAUCAUCAUGAUGACUCAUCAUUUACUUAUUUGCUUCUCUUACAUUGAGCUUUUAAAAGUGUCAGUUGUGAACACUGUACUGUACAUUUCUAGCAGUGUGUCUCUCUUUGUAAAAAAAAGAAAAAUCCUUCCUUUAUUUUUUAUUAUGUGACUGCUUGAGUUGUGUGUUGUGUGAGAUGUCAUCAGGAAAAAGUAAUUUCCACGUUGUUGUCAAUGUUGUCUUAAGUAACCUUGAGGGUUUACUAUUUGUAUUCAUAUUUGAACCGGCACUGAUUUUGUUUAUUGUUUUUCUCAUUUUGGUUUCCUUUUACAGUAAAUGCAGUAACAUUUGGACUGGAUAGUUUGAAAAAUGGAGUUCCAUCAGUAUGCAAUGUGGUUCGCAUAGUUACCGAGCCUUGGGGGGGGGUUGCGUUUGCUGUAUAUCGUCUUUUGCAAUAAAACCUCUUCUCUUUAGAGCUAA